ACACACGAAGCACCCACCGUCCGGUCCAGUCUUUCGUCAGCAGUUUGGAAGCUGAAGGUUGGUUCCUCGUCAGUCCCAGCGCGGCGCUCGCGAUUCAUUUCCAUCUUCCUCGGAGAAGAAGAGAGAUGCUGGGUCGAUGCUCGAUGCCUCCAUCGUCGAGCGACGUUCAGUCGUUGCAGAGCUUGAGCGGGAUUCGGCAUCUCGCGGAAUCGCGUCGCUUCAAGGCGUGGUUCUUGGAUCAAUUUGGUGUCCUUCAUGAUGGCAAACAGCCCUAUCCUGGAGCAAUUUCAACUUUGGAAAAACUAGCAUGUAGUGGUGCGAAGAUGGUGAUCAUAAGUAAUUCCUCUAGGCGUGCAUCGACAACCAUGGAAAAGAUGAAGCACCUUGGAUUUGAUCCUUCUCUCUUUGUGGGAACCAUCACCAGCGGAGAACUCACGUAUCAGUACUUGAAGAGGAGAGAUGAUGCUUGGUUUGCUGCCCUUGGGACAUCAUGCAUUCAUAUGACCUGGAGUGACCGGGGCGCGAUAUCUCUGGAGGGCUUAGGCUUGAAAGUUGUGGAGAACGUUGCAGAAGCAGAGUUUAUUUUGGCUCACGGCACCGAAGCUUUGGGUCAGGCUUCAGGUUCAGUACGACCUAUGAAAUUAGAGGAUCUUGAGAAAAUAUUGGAGCAAUGUGCAGCUAAAAGAAUUCCUAUGGUGGUAGCCAAUCCUGAUUUUGUGACAGUUGAGGCUAGAUCCUUGCGCGUAAUGCCCGGUACGUUGGCAUCCAAAUAUGAGAAGCUUGGAGGUGAAGUCAAAUGGAUGGGGAAGCCUGGGAAGAUUAUCUAUGAAGCAGCUAUGAAGAUGGCUGACGCAGAUGCUUCUGAUUCUAUAGCAGUAGGAGAUUCUCUCCACCACGACAUUAAGGGUGCGAAUGCAGUUGGAAUCCAAUCAGCCUUCAUCACGUGUGGAAUACACGCCUCUGAACUUGGACUUGACAGUUUUGCAGAAGUUGCAGAUACAUCUCGUGUGGCGGCUUUAGCGUCCAAAUAUAGUUCUUGUCCAUCAUACGUGUUGCCUUCAUUUACCUGGUAGAGUACAUUCCGGUGAGUAUAUUCAUGGUAUAAUUAUUUUGAGUAGAUAAUUUUUAUAGAAAAUUUUUCACUUUCAGAGGGCACAACUAUUAGAAAGUAUUUGUAAGGGAAUGAGAGGAGAAUGACUCUUAAGUUUCCAGGAGACUACUUUUGAACAAUGGAUUGUAUCUUUUUGCCAUCCAGUGUCCGAUCAACAUGAUUGUUGCGUCAAAUGACAGACUUGGGUUCUUACUACUUGUUUGGUUCACUUGAUAGCGAAUUCAUUCCCAGUCUAUUCCAAAUAAAACUGUUAUUGGAAAUUAUUCUGCUGGACUUUAUGAACAACAUCAGUAAUAACAGUAGCAGCUACAUGACGCACCAUCAUGCGGAUGCAAGGGCUGUCACUGGUUGCCCCGUUGGGCCAUUUCUCACCCAAGACAGAACUUCUUGAAGAGCUCAAAAGGUUUUAAAGCGCCAAUUAUUCCAAUAAAUGAUGUACAAAUUAACGUCUUCUCUUAGCCCUUAUACGAGGCCUUUUUAAAAGUCGUGAUCUGGAUAAAAGGUUGUUCGUUGGGUCUUUCUUCCUCGUUUUUGCAUUACUUUGCAGAUAUUGCAGCAGAAAAGGAGCAGACUCACUGAACAUCAUCAAUUUACCUCCAUUUUCUGAAAGAAAUGCAUG